UUUUAUUUUUUUAAAAUCGUCUGCGCUAUUGAAAAAAAAAAAUUUGUAUCAUGAAUUGGAUGAAUAGGUAUAAGCAGAAAUAUAAUUCCAAAGAAGAUAAAAAUAUACAAAAAAAAUUUUUCGCACAAAAAAGAUCGUACGAUAAUAAACUAACAGUAAAUAAUUUAAAUACCAUUGGAUCAGAUCUAAAAGCGCUAUGUUAUGCCAAUCGCAUAUCAGGAAAAAUAAUAUCUAAUAGCAAUACGAUUAAAUAUGUAAAUAUUGAAAAUGAAAAUUCCAACAAUAAACCUAAAUUUAAUGUGUAUAAACAUAUUCAUAAACCAUUGGCUACCUUGAAUGAAGAAAAAGAAGAUCCAUUUGAUAUAGAAGAUGAAAAAAUAAAAGAACUUAAAGAUUCAAAGAUGAGAACCACACACCUACAUCAUUCUAAUUCUGAAUAUAUUAAACAUAAAACUAAAAAUCGAGAAAACAUGGGCCUAUGUGAUAAUAAUUUGGCGGAAUGUAAGUCGAAAAUUAAAAGUAGAUAUUUUGAGACCUGCUUAUCAGAGCCUUCAACAUCUUCUACUGAUAAAAAAAUCAAUGACGGUUUAAAAGACACUUACCUUCUAAGAAAGCCAAUUUCAAAUUUAUUUAAUGCAAGGGUAGGUGAUAAAGAGUGUCGAGAUAACGAUUUUGAAGCCGAUUUAAAUGAAGGAUGGACGUAUAAACCUCACAGGGUACCCAACAUUAUAAUUGUAAAAAAAGAUGAAAUUGGCAGCAGAGAUAUCGAUUGUGACGUGAACGAAAACGCCGAAUGUAACAAAAAAUCUCUUUUACUUCCAUAUAGAUCAAAAAGAAAUGGACGAGCUAUGCAACAAGACAACAUGAGGGAGAGGCGAGUCACGUGUCCAAAAGCUAAUUUUACUUUUUUCAAUUCCAGAGAUUAUGAAGGAUCUAAUGAACAUCGGAAUGAUUUAAAUUUCGAGAAAAGUGAUAUUAGCGGAACCGCCGAUAGCCCAAACCGCUAUAACGGGGAUGAAGAUCUACCAAAAAUGGGGAGAAAUUAUGAUGAGUUUGAAAGAGAAGGGUUCGAUAAAUCGAAACGCUUUCAGUGGUCCAAAUAUGCCCAUCCUUUCGCCACUUACGAUUCUGGGAGCGGAAAUAAUGAAGAAAACUUCAAGUUUGCCAAAAUAGCGAUUGAAAAGAGUCACGGGAUAACGACCAAUACCAAAAUCACUCCCAAAGGAACAAUCUACAAAACGGAAAAGGCGUUCGUCAAUGCUAAAUUGGAAGCCUUUCCUGUAUACGAUACUGAGGAUUAUUCCUUCACCGAUCCGGAUCAUAUUUUUCAGAGGAAAGGCUUCGAGAGGAACGACAGAAAACCGGAAGAAAGGCACGAUAAUUCAUAUGAGGAAUGGAAAAAUCUUAGAAAAAAAGGAGGGUGGGAUGAUGGAAUGGACGAAAAUGGAAACAAAAGAAAUUUCGAACACGAUGUUGGGAAGAAUUGCGGGCUCAUCACUCAUAGGUUUAACGAUGUUAUACAAGAACGAAGAAAAAUGGACCCUUUUCUAGGUAAUGACAACAUGAUGACCAACAUGGAGGACCAAUCGGUAGCCAGGGAUAAACUUCAUGAAGGGUUAAACCAGAUUAAGGAACAUUCGGGAAUGAACAAUAAAAAUUAUCACGAUAACGAGCUCGCUCCUAAUAAUUACAGGGUGAUCAAUGGCAAACUUUGGGAUACAAAAUCUCUGAUGUUGGAGAGGCUAAUUUACGACUGAUUAUUCAUUUUACCUUAGAGCUUCAUAUUAAAGAAAGUCAUUCGAAAUUAUAUAAUUUUACUUUGUAAG